AUGGCCGCCGCCAUGGCCGGUGGCAAAGGCAAGGGCAAGAAGAAAUGGUCCAAGGGUAAAGUGCGUGAGAAAGUAGCGAACAAAGUGCUGUACGACCAAGAGGCGUACGAGCGUUUGCUAGUGGAAGUGCCCAAGAUGAAGUUGAUUACCGCUUCUGCGAUUGUCGAGCGUCUCAAGGUGAACGCGGCGCUCGCUCGCGCUUCGAUCCACGAGCUGGAGGAGAACGGCAGCAUCUCGAAGGUGCUGGGCCACCACGCGCAGCUCAUCUACACUCGCGCUGUGGCUGUCGAGGAGUAA